AAUAUGGUGGCUGCUGAAAAUAUUUUAAAAUCGGUGGAACAUGUCAGUGAGGCAUCUAAGGCGAGAAUACCUUUUCCCAUGAAAAGAUAUGCCACCGAGGGUAAAAAUAUACCCUUAAAGAAAAAUUGGUCAGAGACCUGGUGUACUUUGUCGGCUCAUUUCGAGACAGUGUGUGAUCAAUAUUUCAAUUUGGAAUUGCGUAAAGAUGAUGUGUUUGUGGUGACUUUUAUGAAAUGUGGCACUACUUGGAUGCAGGAAUGUGCCUGGUUGUUGUUGAAUAACUUGGACUAUGAGAAGUCAAAAGAGGAGGUUGUGAUGAUCAGGAGUCCUUUCUUAGAUUUUCACAGCAUUAUGCCUGGUCUACUAAAUCAUGUAGAGUUGAUUGAGAAACUUCCCAGUCCCCGUUUAAUCAAAUCUCAUUUACCGGCCAAUCUGUUGCCUCUACAAGUCUGGGAAAAGAAACAAAGGUUAAUUUUUAGACUUUAAUAAACAGUCCCUAUGAAAGCUUACCCUUUCCCCCAAUUUCAGAUCAUUUAUGUCGCUCGGAAUGCUAAGGAUGUCAUAGUAUCCUCCUUCCAUUUCGUGAAAAACUUAGAUAUGUGGCGUGGUGAUAAUUUCCAUGAUUAUGUUGAUGACUUCCUUAAUAAUGAAAUUAUUUACACCCAUUUCUGGUCACAUAUAGUGGACUUUUGGAAAAUGCGUAAUGAGCCUUUCAUAUUCUUUGUCACCUAUGAAGAAAUGAAACGUGAUUUGGCAAAUGUUUUGCAAAGACUUUGUGUGUUCCUAGAGAGACCUCAAUUGUCAGAGAAAGAAAUGGAAGGACUUUUGCAACAUUUAUCAUUUGAUAGUAUGAAGAAGAACAAGAAAACCAAUUUGACCGAUCUACUCAAAGAUGACAAUCCCGCAGUUAAGGAAGACUUUCAAUUUAUGCGCCGCGGUAUUGUGGGUUCCUUUAAGGAUGAG